AUGGACUGGGCGCACAUGGUGCCCAGCAAAAGUGACGGGCUCCUUCUGCUUCUUGGCAGCACGGCGCUGGCGUUCCACUUCCGCACGUCGUGGGAGGACCUGGUGCGUGAGCUCUUGCAGGUGCUGCACAAGGCCGCGGCCUACGAGGAGUCGCCGCUCAGCGAGAGUGAAGCCGCGCGGGUGGAGGAGGAGCUGGUGCAGGUGCGGCUCCAGAUGUUCAUGAAGCUGGCGCACGUGCUGCAUCACUUUAGCUUCUUGACCAUGCUGGUGGGCCUGGCAGACUUCCUCCGUGGGCCGAGUUGGUUCUCAGCUUGCUUCCUGUCGCUGGCCGUCCUGACGUACCUGAUCUAUCAGCUCGUCGUGAGCGGCCGCGUGGCCGUGAAGCACGACGCAACCCUCAAGCUUCUCUGCGUCGUCCUGAACAGCAUCGUGCUGUCGGCAUUGCUCGCAACGACGAUUUUUGUCGAGAAGGACUCUGUCGCCUUCCUGGCCCGCUUCGGGCUCUGCCAAGGAGCGCAGAUCCUGCUCGGCGUCGUCUUUGCCCAACGCAGAACUGGGGCGCUUGCACUCUGCUACGCUGCAGCUUUCACGAUGAGCACCGUCGCCGUCUUGGGCCAGGAGGUCUUGUCCUCCAAGUUCCUCUUGGAGCAGGCAUUCCAAGCUGCCAUCGCCAUUUGCUUGCCCUCCUUUGUCGAGGCAGCGAUACGAGACCGCAUCGUAGCCUCCUGCCGGUCCAAGGACUCGGACUCAUUGAUCUAUGGCUUCCGCCAGAUGUUGAAGGGGAUAUGCGACGGCGAGCUGCUGCUUGAUAGCGGCUACCGAGUCUGCGGCAGUGCGGACUGCUUGCAGCGCCUGCUCGUGACAAAGGAGGACUUUGUUGGUCGCGCGCUCCAGGACUUGAUCGAUGGCAAGGACGACAUUGAGAACUUUGAGAAGUUCGUGGCGGCAGCGGAGGUGAUAGCUGACAGCCCCGAGGCUGCUCCGCGAUGCCUGCGCGUGCCGCUGAAGGCCCCCUGUGGCCGGAUCGUGUCUGUAGACGUGUGCCACGUUCCAUUGCCGCAGCUCUAUGGCCAGAAGUCUCUGCACCACCUGCUGUCCCUGACCGAAGACAUGGAUGCGCGCAAGGAGCCCGAAGCUGUGCCGGUGCCGCCCGUGACCUCGGAUCUUCCCCAAGAGGUGCAAAGGCCGGAGUCCGUGCGGUCUGCGGCAAGCAGCGAUACGUGCAUAGAGUUCUACGAGGAGCUUGCGGAGAUGACGCUGAUCGUGAAUGGCAGCACUGAGCUCCUUGACAUUGAGGAGGCGCACCUGCGCUUCGAGCGGCAGACUCACCAGGCCAAGUUCAGCAUGGGCAUGCCCAGUCUGAAACGCUUCGCGCGGCCACUGGACUGGCAUGGUAUCGACGUCGCCUUGCGCCGCUAUGCCCGACAGGUGUCCAGGGGCGGCGCUGCAACUGAGAAGGUGCUGGCGGGCGUUAAAUUGGGCGUGCCCGGUGAGCCGCGCAAGCAGCUCCUGGCCCGGCACGCCACACUCAGCUCUCCGUUCGUGCGGACUGCGCCAGACGAACCUGUCUACCUAUCCUUGCACUUGCAGGACUUCCGUGGGGAGCGGCUGAGAGAGCCUGAGCAGCGGCUAGAGGGCGUCGAGGAGGACAGGUCCCCUCAAGCGCAUGCCUCAGCUGCGCAAAUGUGA